AUGAAGUCCUCAACCACGGCUAUUCUCAUCGUCUUCGUUAUAUUCGCUUCCACUAUGACAACGGCCCUCGCUGCCUUUGUUCGUAUCAGGAUGCCGAAUGGUCCAGUAAACCCUGACUCGUACAUCAUUGUGCUGAAAUCCGGUACAAGUAUGGAUGACCAUAUCAAGAAUGUGGCUCAGAUAUCCACCCGGAGCCCUGGGUCAGAAUUUUCAGUCACUCACCGGUAUGGAAUUCUGAAUGGAUACUCCGCACACGCAACUGGAGCAUCCCUUGCUCGCAUUCUCAUUUGCCCCGAAGUUGACUAUGUCGAAGCUGAUGGCAUAGCCCCCAUUGGCAAUGACCUCCACCAAGUGAACGAGCGGGAUGCAAUGGAGCGUGACGGUGUUUCAGUUGGAAUGGGGGAUAUUUUGGGUGGUAACUGGGGGGGGCUUGGGGUGGACAUUUAUGUGUUAGAUACUGGAGUAAACGUUAAACACAUCUGCUUUGACAAACGGGCUUUUGUGGGUCCUACCUUCGGUAAUUACGUCAACAUUGACACUGACGGUCAUGGCACGCAUAUCGCCGGGAUAGCAGCGGGGAGACCGUAUGGCAUCGCGACUCGCGCCAGAAUUAUUUCAGUUAAGGUUGCCUCCGGUAGGAUGUCUGUAUUUUCCACCAACCUGAUCGGAGGUAUCAACUACGCUUCUUACGAAUCCCGUCAAACUGGUCGUCCUUCCAUCGCUCUGAUAUGCGCCAGCUUAGAUUUCAGUCGCACGGUUAACCGAGCCGUAAGCACUGCCAUAUCCUGGGGGUUGCACAUUGUGGUUUCUGCAGGGAAUAAUGGGUUGGACGCGUCAAAGUUCAGUCCUGCAUCUUCUGAUGAAGCUAUCACCGUUGGCGCUUUCAACACCCAUUCAGACAUGAUAGCAUCCUUCUCCAACCACGGAUCUGUCGUCGAUGUUUUCGCCCCAGGCAACGAUAUUCGAAGUGCUUGGAUCGGAAGCCUGGGUGCAACGAUGGUAUCAAGUGGCACUGGUCCGGCAGCUGCAUACGUUGCGAGCCUCCUAGCCGUGGUUUUAAGUCGAGAUGGUCAGACGACUCCUGCCAACCUAAGCGAUCAGUUAAAGAAACAUGCUGCACCAUUAAUUGAUGGCCAGCCAUGGGGAACCACAGACUUGAUGGCACUACUUUGGUAA